AUGGCCAGGGAUGCGGCCAUCGUAGUGAUGUCUCUCCUAGCGUAUGUGUGGAGCACCACGGGACAGCUUACGCAAGAUCUUCCAUAUCAAUGUGCGCUCGGCGGACAUCGGGUACUCGGUAACCCGUUUCGGAGUGUUUCGUACUCGGCCUCGGGAACGUCCGGAAAACUGUGUGACAAGACGCUGGAACGAGGGUGGUACCGAUUCCAGAUCUUCGGCAAAUAUGCCGAGAUGCCGACAGAGUGUGUCCAGGUGAGUCAGUGUGGGACAGAUGCCCCCAUGUGGUUAGACACGGGAGGCAGGAGCUACCCGCCUCCUGGUGAGAGUGCAAGACACGUAGCGUGUGCGGCGUGGAGUCUGGGUUCCCAACGCUCAACGCAAGACUGCUGCCUGUACUCUUUCCCCAUUACGGUUACCAACUGCGUAGACUUCUUCGUGUAUAACUUGUUACCAGCGAGAGGAUGCAACAUGGCGUAUUGUGCCACUGAGGGACGUGAAAAGUGUGCACCAGGUCAGAUUUCCCCAGAUGGAUUUGCUCCUUGUCGAGAAAGUUUCCCGUCUAUCCUGGGUCUACCACUGAUAACACCGGCCAUCCUUGACGAUGUCCUCUUCAAGUGCGCAUUCCGCGGGGUGGACUCCAGCCAGAGAUCAUUGAAGGGGUAUACCGUCUCCUGGUACAAGGCAGAUGGCACUGGAUCGUAUCAGAAAGUGGCAUCCGAAGACACUUUUCAGAAUUUCGUCUUCAUCAACCCAAGAGAUUACUUACGCAUGGGAGAUAAGAUAAUUUGUUCAGUCCAAGCUUUCUUCAAUGAAACAAGAGAACUGAAAAGUCCAGCAAUAGAAAGUGAUCCUUAUGAAGCGACGAUCAAGGUAACUCCGAGUAGUUUAGAGAUCUUGGAGAAUGGUCAACCUCAUUUUCUCAUCUUCGAGAGUACGAUGCCCAUCACGUGUGGUCAGAAAGACUCGGUGUGUUCGAUUAGAGUCGCGCUUACCACUAUCAAUAACGACGUUCAUCUUGGUCCAGAUAUCGUUCUAUCCGAGUGUUUUGUUGAUUUCCGUUCCCGUGUGUGUCUGGAACCCCGGUGCCGGCGGGCCUCAGUCCUCGUCACUGCCGUCACGGACUUCACACAAGACGGCAGGCGAAGCAGCGUCAUUGUCACGGGGGCUGUCACAAGUUCGGACCCUUUCUGGAAUGGCUUCGAUCCGGAAGAUGUAGAGGUCACGGUUGAAGAUGGAAUCACUGCACAGUGCUACGCGUUCACAGAACCACAUUUUAUCACCUUCGAUAGAAAAAAGUAUGACUUUUACAAAACAGGGACGUAUGUCUUGAUGAAAAGUGUCGUCAGAGAAUUCGAGGUUCAUAACAGAAUUUGGAACUGCGGCGGUGCAGUGGAGCAAGUUUCUUGUAGCUGUGGGUUUGUUGCUAGGGAAGACAAUGACGUCAUAUCUGUUGAUAUGUGUGAUGGUGACGUAUUUGAGACGACAGCGGAGGUCAAGAUACGAAGUCCGUUACCCCUUUCGGAUGGGGUCAAAAUAAAAGAGGCGCGAAAUGGUUCAAAGAUCACGAUCCACUUCCCAUCGGGUGCGUUCGUACGGGCUGAUAUUGCAGACUGGGGGAUGAGCAUAACUGUGCAAGCGCCCUCUGUUGAUUUUAACCACACGGUCGGUUUGUGUGGGACGUUCGACGGGAAUGCGGAUAACGAAUUCCACAAUAUUAGAGGAGAAACGAUGAAUAUAGCCAUGAAACACAAACAGGCAAAUGAGUUUGUUGAACAGUGGAGAUUACGAGAUGGCGGAAUGUUCAACUCUGUGCCGUCCAACGUCCCAUUUCGCCUCCAGCUCCCAUCGUGCUCCUGCUCCCUGUCCUCAUUGGGCGGAGCCAACAGUCUCUUCCCAACUGAAGAUCUAGAAUGCUUCGAUGACACCAACUGUGUUGCCAGAUGCACGAGGAAUGAAGGCGUGACGAGAAAAGACAUCGUCACAUCACUUGAUAUGACCUCGAUGUACAACAACGACGUCACAUCACAGAGGUUUAAACGAGCAGACAUAAGAGGCGCCCCAGAAUCCUUCCCAAAGUCAGAAACUCCAGAAAUGCACAGAAUUAAGAAAAGGUUCUCCGAUCCCUUUGAUUUCGGCGACUUCAUUCCGGAAUCGCCGUUCUUUUUCCCAGAGGAUGCCAACUUUGGAGCACCCCUCAUAGACACAUACUUUUUUUAUCCAGACCACAGUCCGACUGAUCUACAACCUGUGGUGAGUGGCUGGCCAACGGUUACCGGUAUCACUGAGGAGCAGGCACUGCAUAUAUGUGAAAUGACGAUACGUAACUCCUCACUUGGUUUAGCAUGUGGAAUGGACACGUUAAGAACAGAUAUGUACAUCCAAGAUGCUGUAGAAAUGUGCGUCGGGGAUAUACAACUGACGGACGAUAUAUCAUGGAGUGAUCAAGCUAUACCACUUCUAGAGAAUCAGUGUGAGGCUGCCGUCAUUGCGGACAGAACUCUCUGGAGAGUGAAUACUUUAGAUCUACCGUUGUCGUUGAACAUGGUGCCGCCGGAGAACAUUGUUAGAGCUUUGAAUUGUCCGAACAAUUGCAGCGGGCAAGGGGAUUGCUCAAAGCUGGGCUGUAUUUGCAACCCUGGCUUUUCCACGCAUGAUUGCAGUCACUCGAAUUCUGAUGUACCAGAGCUCAUUCGUCUUGAAAACAAUGGACUUUGCGACUGGCAAUCUCAAAGCUGCAGGAGUGUUCGUGUGAAAGCCAAGGAGUUCCAGUAUGGAAGGGCCUUGACAUGCCACUUCACCCCAGUUCAGAGUCACGAUGAUGAUGCAGCGGUCUUCCAAACGCAGGCUAGUUACAUCAACAAGCGUUCCGUCCUGUGCCGUCUCCCAUCAGACGAGGGCGUUGUUUUCAAGUAUCUGACGAGAUGGGAAGUGAAGGUGGCGUAUGUGGGAUCGCCUUUCAGUGACGGUUUGGUCUUUACUGUUUACGACUCAUACUGCCAAAAAUGUGACUGGAGAGGGAUCUGUCAAAUGAAGGCUGGUGCUUGUUUGAUCGACUCUGUCUGCCAUACCCAAGGUCAAAUCAAUCCUGACAAUCAGUGCCUGAAAUGUCUCCCAGAUUCAGAUCCGUACCAAUGGUCCAAUAACAACGAUAACGAGCCACCCAUCCCCGAGGACACUCCUCUUUUAACGUUCUUUGUCGGUGACGCCAUCAAAUACCAAAUCCUGGCUACAGACCCAGAGCAGUCUGCCGUCUCUUACUCUAUCGAGACUCAAGACAACGUCAGCGGUGUCGUCAUCUCAUCCGACGGUACCUUUAAGUGGUCAGCUACGACAGAGGGAGACUAUUCCUUUGCUGUGGUUCUCACUGAUGAGUGCGGUUCAUCGUCGUUGUCCAUACUCCAGGUGCGAGUGGUUUUAUGUGGAUGUCGCAAUGAAGGCGUGUGCGUGGUACCUUCAGCGAGUGAGUCAGAUGUGAUCAACCAAGCCGACCUACCGCGCUUUACAUGCGACUGCCCUCCGCGAUUUACAGGCACCCUGUGUGAAGUCAGCACAGAUGGAUGUGUGUCUAAUCCAUGCGUUAAUGGAAAUUGUGUUGAGGUCAAUGCAGAGUUCUCAUGCCAGUGUCAUGAAGGUUUCAUCGGAACCACAUGCUCUACACCUAGUGAUCCCUGUGCAAGCCGGCCGUGCUAUCCAGGUGUACACUGUCAUGCGAAUGAAGCCUCCAAUACACACUACACAUGUGGGGAAUGUCCAUCUGGGUAUACAGGGAAUGGUGUGAACUGCGAAGAGGUUGUGCAGUCGUUGUGUCAGUGGGGAUGCCCAAGGAGAAUGAGGUGUGAACCAACACAGGGGUGUGUCUGCAUAGAAGGCUAUGCAGGAUACAGAUGCCAUCAAGCCAUCUGUAAUCCUUCUUGCCGAAACAAUGGGUAUUGUGUCCGCCCCAAUGAGUGUGUGUGCCCCAUGGGUUAUUCGGGACCAACGUGCGAAGCAGCACAGUGCGAACCCGGGUGCCAAAACGGAGGCCGGUGUGUCCUGCCCAAUGUGUGCACUUGCAAGUACGGCUACUUUGGCCGCCGGUGCCAGAUUAUGACUUGUACAGUGAAUUGUGCUAAUGGAGGAUACUGUGUGACUCCAGAUACGUGUACAUGUCCUCAUGGUUACACUGGACCUACCUGCAAUAUCGCCGUGUGUAAGCCAGCCUGCAGUAAUGGUGGUGCGUGUGUCCGUCCAAAUAACUGUGUGUGCUUACGAGGUUUCCAGGGGUCACAAUGUCAAACCGCGAUCUGUUCACCCUCGUGUCGUAAUGGUGGUACGUGUGUUCGACCAAACAUGUGCUCAUGUCCACCCGGAUACUCUGGACACAACUGCGCAGUGGCAAACUGUGAGCCCCGAUGCCAGAAUGGUGGGCGUUGUGUCAAACCAAAUAAAUGCUCCUGUCCAUCAGGUUACAGAGGGAGGAAGUGUCAUAAAGCUAUUUGUGUAUCUGGUUGUCGGAAUGGCGGUGAAUGCAUAAAGCCCAAUGUGUGCAUGUGCAAGACAGGUUAUAGCGGUUCCAACUGCCAAACACCCGUUUGCAGGAGACCAUGUAUGUACGGUGGUCAGUGCAUAGGUGCUGAUGUUUGCCACUGUAGACCGGGGUAUGCCGGAGCACAAUGUCAGAGUAGACAAUCACACUCAAGAUUUAAAAGAGGAUUAGAUUCCAUGCCAGCAUCUUGAGGUAUCGACAAUCUCACCCAGCAAUGAACUUAGGUGCCAGCUUCAAAGUGUAAUAAAAACAAACAAAUCGCACUGCAGUGUUAUACAGGGAACCAAGAAAGCGUGUACAUAUUCAAUAUCAGAUCAGGGUACGUAAUGCUACCUUGUAAUGUGUGUAUAUAUGAGUGUCAAAACUGCAUUUAUGUUGGGAAGUGGUGGUACGCUGUUAUCGGACUACUUGCAAUUGUAAGGGGGAGUGUAGGUCCUGUGAUUGAACAUGGGAGUGGACAUCACAAGGACUUUAUGGAGGUUUGUCCAGGGCUAUUUAAAAAUGUGAUCUAUGGAUAUUUGGUUGAUGGAAGAUCAUCAGGCUGGCUAAAUUAAUUGCUUGUUACUAGACAAGACUGAAUUCAUUCUUGUCAUCAUUCGAGCCAACCACGUAUAAUUGUACGAGUAGUUACAGUUGCACAUCAUACAUGUAUAGUCGACCAUGUACGAAUGGUGCAGAAUCCAGUGUCAAAACUUAAAAAGGUGCCAUUUUGUCGAUUUCACAAAGAGUUAGGACUAGUCCUAACUUAGGACAAGUCCUAGGAGAUAUACA